UUUGGCUAAAAUGUGAUAUUUGAAUUUUAAGAAAAUGUUUGAUCUUUGAGUUUUCUCUUUUGCAAUUUAAAGAAACUUUCUUGAUGCUAAUCUAAGAAAUUUAUUGAAGUCAAUUUUUAGAAGAAAUUUGAAGGGAUGGCCAAACUGUUCAGGGUAAAUAGAGGAAGGAAGCUACGGAAUUCAAGGUUUGACGCCAAGUCGUUCAUUGUAAAAAAAAGAAAGCCAUCUAAAUUAAAUAGAAAGCAAAAAUCUUUUUCAAUAACUAGUCCUUUGAGAGAGAGGAGAAGAAGAACUCGAAAAACUAUGCAAGCGCCCAGAGUACAUGUAAAGAGCCCUCCUCCAACCUUCAACUCUGGAGAACUCUUAAGCCCGCUAGGUUUGGAUUUAGAGCAGGAGAAAGAGAGAUAUAUGACUAUCAUCAUGAAAGCCCAGAAUGCUUUAAGGAAUAACUCUCGAGUUUUUGGAUCCCCAUGUGUCCUCAAAAAGUUUUUAUCGGAAAGACGUUCCUUUAAAAGUCAAGGCAAUGUAAGAGGCCAAUCUUUCAUCUCAGAAGGUCAAGAAGCCAGUGGCUCUGGCAAGAGCAAGAAAUUUCUUGAUAAAGUAAACAUCAGGAAGUUAAAUAUCACCAAGAAAUCAGCAUCAUUUACUGCAAAAAAUAUGACCUCGUAGUUUAAUAGCUAAUUAUUAAGCUUAA